GAGAUGUGUUACAGCAGACUACACUUCCCAGAAGCCCCCUGCGGUGCUGCUGCCCCCAGAUCAGAGCAGCUGGAAUACUGUGCCCGUUGCAUUGUUUUGCUGGCAUUUAAUUUCAUUCCCCAGGACGGAUAAUUGCUGGGUGAGGAGAAUGGGAGAUGAGCAGGAGAUCAUGUGCAAACUGGAGAGCAUUAAAGAGAUCAGCAAUCUGUUACCUCUCUGGGCACACCCGAAUACACAAAGCAAGAAACACUAACAUUGGAUUUCUGGAGGAUCUCAACCAGUCAUCAUGAUGCUGCCGAAUAUCCUUUAUUGCCGGGACUGAAAGCGAAAGAGAAGAGCUUGGGCAUAUCUGGCUGCCAGCUAAACGUGAUGACGGCCUGGUCCAUGGUCAAGAAACUGGAAAUGGAAAAGAGGCCCUCCAAAGAGAGGGCAGCUGCAAAAGAGAUGGAGUACUCACAGGAUCUGGGAGACUGCAGUGGGGAAUCUGACGAAUGGACCAGCUCGGAAAGUGAAGCAGAGCAGCAGAUAGGGCGGAUUGGACUGGGGGGAUAUGGUAACACCUUAUUCAAGGAAGUGGAUAUAUCUAGCAAACCCCACCGUCAGCUGUGCAGGUCUCCUUGUCUUGACCGUCCUAGUUUCUCUCAGAGCAGCAUUCAGGCCCCCAUAGACAACCAAAUAAAGCUUGAGGAAGCAAAGAGCAACCUUGACAGGGAAUACCAAGCAAAGAUGGACUUUGCCUUAAAGUUGGGCUAUACCGGAGAACAGAUCCAAGCUGUCCUUAACAAACUGGGCGCAGAGGCCCUUAUUAAUGACAUCUUGGCUGAGCUGGUGAGGCUGGGCAACAAGGGAGAGUCAGAGACACAGAGCAGUGGAAGUGGGAGCAGUGGAAUCCUGGUACCCAGAGGACCCUGUACCAAAGAGAUAGCAAGUCCAGAACUGUCUUUAGAAGAUGAAAUCCUAGACAACACUGAAAAUCUAAGACCUAUUGUUAUUGAUGGAAGCAAUGUGGCUAUGAGCCAUGGGAAUAAAGAGGUCUUCUCCUGCCGAGGGAUACAGCUGGCUGUGGAAUGGUUCUUGGAGAAAGGCCAUAAGGAUAUCACUGUGUUUGUGCCUGCGUGGAGGAAAGAGCAGUCCCGCCCUGAUGCACCAAUCACAGAGCAGGAGAUUUUACGGAAAUUGGAGAAGGAGAAGAUCUUGGUAUUUACACCUUCCCGCAGGGUGCAGGGCAGGAGAGUAGUGUGUUAUGAUGAUCGAUUUAUAGUAAAGCUGGCGUUCGAUUGUGAUGGAAUCAUUGUAUCCAAUGACAACUAUCGCGACCUCCAGAAUGAGAAACCAGAGUGGAAGAAAUUCAUAGAAGAGCGCCUCCUUAUGUACUCAUUUGUCAAUGACAAGUUUAUGCCUCCAGAUGAUCCUUUGGGAAGGCACGGCCCCAGUUUGGAGAAUUUCCUGCGAAAAAAGCCUGUGAUCCCUGAGCAUAAAAAGCAGCCCUGCCCUUAUGGUAAGAAAUGCACAUAUGGGCACAAGUGUAAAUACUACCAUCCUGAGCGCGUGAACCAGCCUUUGCGCUCAGUGGCCGAUGAGCUGAGGAUAAGUGCAAAGCUGUCGGCUGUGAAGACUAUGAGUGAAGGCGCUCUGAUGAAAUGUGGAACAGUGCCAUCCAGCAUAAAGGGAGAUGGGAUCAUGGAGACAAAGCGUAUUGCCCCCAAGAGGCAGUCAGACCCUAGCAUCCGUUCUGCAGCCGUGGAACCAGAGCAGAGGCUCUCGGCAGCUCGCAAAUCCGAAGCCAAUUCUGUGCCAUCCUUGGUUUCAGCUCUGAGUGUCCCAACCCUUCCCCCUUCCAAGAGCCAUGCUGUUAGUGCUCUGAAUACCCGAUCGGCCAGCAGCCCUGUACCUGGAUCAUCGCAGUUCUCCCACCAGAAGUCAUCUCUGGAGCACAUGGGCAGUGUUCAUUAUCCUCCUAUCUUGGUGACCAACAGUCAUGGCAACUCUGUGAGCUAUACAGAAGAGUACCCAAAAUAUGAGUCUCUAGGAGACCAUGGAUAUUACUCCAUGCUCAGUGAUUUUUCCAACCUGAGUAUUAGCAGCAUGCCCAGCUCAGAAUAUUACCCGCCAGAACAAGAACGAGCAGGUUUCUCCAGGAAUUCUAGCCCUUGCCCAGAAAGCUGCAUGAGCCACAAUAGCAGUGACUCCUACUCCUCUUACAGUGACCUAUAUCUAGGUAUAUCUGACCCAGGCCUUGAAGAUAACAUGAAGCCUGCAAGGCCACCACCACAAAGCCGCCUGCAGCCAUUUGUUCAUGGUUAUCAUGAAGCCUUAACCAGAGUUCAGAGCUAUGGGCAAGAGGAGCCAAUGCAAGCUUCACGGAAACAAUCCUCUUCUCAUUUAGCCCUUCAUAUUCAACAUCCACUCAUUGGGGCACGAUCCAGCUGCCCAGGAGAUUACCCAGUGCAGGAGAACAUGCAUGCUGGUGCCAAUGCUCAGCCAGGUAGGGCAUUGGUUAUGACCCGAAUGGAUAGUAUAUCAGAUUCUCGCCUCUAUGAGAGCAACCCCAUGAGGCAAAGGAGACCCCCACUGUGUCGGGAGCAGCAUGCCAGCUGGGACCCAUUACCGUGUCCCACAGAUUCAUACAGCUACCAUUCAUACCCACUGAGCAACAACCUGAUGCAGCCCUGCUAUGAACCAGUCAUGGUGAGGAGCAUGCCUGAGAAAAUGGAGCAGCUCUGGCAAUCUCCCCACUGGCCACCAAUGUCAGGGGAAGUCAGAGAUCAACACAUCAUUCCAGAGCAUCAAUAUCAGACCUACAAGAACCUUUGCAACAUCUUCCCACCAGGCAUUGUCCUCUCUGUUAUGGAGAAGAACCCACAUAUGAUAGACGCCCAACAACUGGCAGCUGUUAUAGUUUCACGGUUAAGAUCAGGUCACCAUCAUUGCUAGUCAGCAGUGGGCAACAGUAUUGAAACCUGAAUUCAUUCUACUACAUGUGUAGAAGUCACGUUGGGCAGUUCUGUGCCACUGCUUUAAGACCUCAUGAACACAUACAAACUUUUAUUUAUUCUUUUUAAAGCUGAGAUUAGGGGGUUUUA